AUGGAGUUCUCAGUAGUUCCUAUAUUCUGGUUAGAAGAACCAAAUUAUUGUUUUUGGCCUCAGGGAAUGAAAAAUAUCAGAACGGCCAUAGUCAAAGGAAUGGCAGUACAAAAUAAUUGGAUUAAAUGUAAAUGCAGUGUUAUUAGUAAGCAUGCCACUUAUGAAUUAGCUUUAGACGCUGAAAAACACGCUAUUGCCUCGUCAGAAUCGGAAAAUGAGCGACAAGCGGGAAAACGAAAAGUAAAACACAACAAGCAAAAUGAUUUUGUUGAAUUUGUUGGUCCUCCAAAAUUGGUCUCUCACCAGAAGAAGAAUACUACCACAAAACCAUUGGAAUCCAAUAAUAACAAUUUUGAAGCAGGUGAUGCAGAACAGAACAAUGAGAAAGAUAUCUUAGCAGACAAUAUUACUACAGCGCCAACAGUAAUUGAACAAGUAGACGAUGACGAUAAUUUCUCUAAAUUUGUAAUUGAAUUUAGGAGAACGAUGACAGAUAUUCAAUUACAACUGCAAACUUUGGGAAAUAAACAGGAACAGUUUCAGGAGACUGUAAAUAUAAUCCUGACUAAAAUCAAUAAUGAACAAUACCAUAAGGAAGACAUAACCAUAAAGGACAAUAAAAUUGGAAAAUUCCUUCCAUUAACCACAAUUGAAGACUUGCUUCAAUUAGAGGAUAUAUUGAAAAAUGAUGAUGAGGCUUCAAUGCAAGUUGUUAAUAAAGUAUUAUUAAUAGGAGGAAAGAACGAAAAAGACUUUCUUCGAAGAACUUUAAGCGCAAUAUUCACGGAUAACUUAGCAUCAAUGUGCUCAUGGACAAGGCAAAAAAACAACUUCAAAGUUGGGGAUACGCAAAUUAUAAUGAGUAUUAAAAGUAAAUCCGUUUAUGAUUUGUGCACUAGCAGUCAUUAUUGCCUUCCCGGUGUGAUUCUUUUGCCUUAUCUUUCCAUAUAAUGUAUGUAACGUAUCCUAUACGAAUGCAUGCGCAUGAAUAUGCAUCGGAAAGGCAUUUAUGACUCGAUUGUAUGUGUAUGUACACCCACGGUAAUUGAAUCUGUUCCUCAGAAAAUUUUCCAAACUGAGAAGUCACCAUCUUUCUACAUACUCGCAGUUCAUGAUUAAUAUAACGACUACAGCUUAUUGGUCGUUACGUUAAUCAUGAACUGUAAAUAUGUAGAAAGAUUGCGACUUGUCAGUUUGGAAAAUUUUCCGAGAGACAGAAUCAAUUAGCGGAGGUGUACA